CACCUCCAUCGGGUAGCCUUGGAGCUGCUCCGCGACGGCUGCUCGGUAACGCGGUAACGCGAUGGAGCAGGCCCAGUGAAAAUCGCGAGUUGCGUACGCACCUUCGGGGGUGACUCCCGCGCGGAGAGAUGACACACCACACACGCGACGACGCGGUUCACGUCACGGCGGGGCUACGCUCUCGCUCCGGCACUCGCACCACGCCCCGCGUAUCGCAUCGCACCGCGGUCCGGCGCCGAGCAACGCCGUCAACGUUUACCUCGGGAUCACGCCGGACGAGGAUGGCGACGCGCGACCACCGCGACAACGACAACGACGUUAGCCGCCAUGGCCGGUAUUCGGCGGCGGGCGUAUCGAUCGGCACCGAGCGGCGGGCCUCCAUCACCCACCACCGCGCCAACCUAACCGAGGGAACCUGACCGAGGAGAGCCGGCCAUCUUGGGCGAGUCUGCGCGAUGCAGGCCAGCUCGAGCAGACGAUGCGAAAUUCCCCGGUUUUCGCGGACGCGGCAGACGUCGCGCCCGGCCGACCUCGACCGUCCGGUUCCCGGACGUCGGAUUUGCGGGAACGUCGGGAUUAAACUCACCCCGAUCCACCUGGAGAUCCGCGAAACCCGCUGCUCCGAUCCGGGAGAACGCCAACGCCAUAUACAUAUAUACAAGACUGAAGUGGCACGAUUGGCGGGAAGCGCUGGGGCACGCGUCAUGGCGGACGCCCUGCCCGACUCGCUAUUGGUCCGCGAGCCGAGGCCCACGUGACCCGCUCGGCGCUCGCGGCUCGACGUUUCUCGAGCGUCCGCGAUUCGUCGUGUCGCGUACGAUACAUAACCUCGUCGUUUUCGUUUCAACGAAAAAAUGUUACAAAUCAGAGGAGUCGGAGUACGAUUGGCCAGUACAUCAGCGGCCACUAGCGCAUCGGGGAAAGUACUGGAUUCGAUAAUAAGGGUCGACCAUGCCGGUGAAUUGGGAGCGGAUAGGAUAUACGCCGGACAAAUGGCCGUACUAGGCAAGACGACAGUCGGACCGACGAUCCAACACAUGUGGGAUCAAGAGAAGCGACAUCGCGCUAAGUUCGAGGAACUGAUUCGCAAGUAUCGAGUCAGACCCACCGUUCUCACGCCGUUGUGGAACAUCGCCGGCUUCGCCCUGGGCGCCGGUACCGCUCUCAUGGGCGAGAGAGCGGCCAUGGCGUGCACCGUGGCCGUAGAGACCGUCAUCGUCGAGCACUACAACGAUCAGUUGCGCACUUUGAUGGAGAACGCGAAUGCGAACGUAGAUGAGGAGAUACUCGAGAUCAUUAAAAAGUUUCGCGACGAAGAACAGGAGCAUCAUGACACCGGGAUAGAUCACGGCGCCGAACAGGCUCCUUUCUACCAAGCUCUGACAAAUGUCAUCAAGUUUGGCUGCAAGACGGCCAUAUCCAUCUCCAAGGUGAUAUGAAGGUGCAUUCCCCGUGAAAGAAUACCGAAUGUAUUUGUAAAUAUUGUAAUUUAUAAAAUUAAGGUAAGCAUACAGUAAAUUAUAUCGGCUUGGAUUUUCUAGAGCAGAUGUGUUGAGUCGAUACGACGAUAUACAUUUCACGAUGUUCCAAGUUUUAGAACAUCUUUGAAUCACUGAUCUUUUCAUGGACAUGAAUAAAUUGAUUUUUCUUUGAAAUAAAUUUAUGUACAUAUUUUAGACUUGCGAGUAUUUUAUAUAGGAUAUAAAAUAUCAAAGAAAAUACAUAAUUUAAAGUUACAUAGAGGAAAUGGAUAUGAAAAGAUCUAUUAUGACGUCAGCUUAAAAGAGAAUUUAUGGAUUUAAUAAAAUCAGACUGCCAGUGAGAUGGGAAAAAA